AAUAUAAAAUACUGAAUGAAAUAUAAAAUACUGAAUGAAAUAUAAAAUACUGAAUGAAAUUGUGAAUGAAAUACAAUAUAUAAGCAAUGAAGUGUCAGCAUAAUUUUUUCACUAUUCUCACAGCUGAAUAACAAGUUAAAUCUGAACUACAAAUUCACAAGUUCAGUAGGGUAUAAGGCAUGACUAUGCUCAACUGGAACUUCAAGGAAAACAUACUCAGGAGAGAACCGGGGUUGAAAAUCGACAAAGCAGAAAUCCUUUAUUCAUGGAAGAAUUACGAGUUUAAUAUUUGAAUGAAUCAUGAAAUUAUCAUAGUUUGAAUUUUGAGAAUUCCUAACUCAGAGUAUUAGUAAUCAAAAAGUUUAAAACAAAUAAUAAAUAAUUGACAAAAAUUAUUUUGCCAAGAAUCAUGUAGUGAUAAAAAUGAUUCUGCUUCCACCUCACCCCUCCCUCCCAAAUAUCGCMAUUACAAAAACCCCAUCUCAUCAAUUACCAUAUUGUCAAAAUGUAAAUCACCAACAUGCUUUCCKUCAAGACUGACACCUUCUCUAGUUUCCAGGGCCCCUUGAAGUUCAAUGAUAGUCCAGUCUUCAACACAGGGAUCCCUASAAAUACGUGCACAUCAUAACAAUGGUAGCCCAAUCAGAGUUCAAAUCUUUUGUUAUUUCUAGUGACGACAUUGCACACGGUUGCUAUGCAGCUUUCACUAUUUCUGACCUUUUGUGCAAUUUAAGACGAGAUGUUCAGAGAGAAAGAUAACACAAACCGGAACUUGAAAUGUAAUGAGUUACAAACAGACAUAAUGUGAAUAUUGAUCGAUGGUUACUAUGGCGACAGACUKCAAGCAAAGCUAAAACUUGACCUCUUCAUUUAACAUAGCAUUAAUUUACUUCCACAAUGCACAUCGAGCUCGCUGCUCUUGUUUUUAUUCUUUGCGUUGAUUUAUCAUUUCUUCUUCGAGUUUCGAGGCCACAACCAACCUCCAGGCCCAGGCCCAAUACCAUGGCCAGUGAUCGGCAAUUUGAUGCUUUUUGAAAAAGAUCUGCAUCUCGCACUGACGAAGCUUGGAGAGAAGUAUGGCAAGAUUUGCCGAUUGUUUUCAGGACACAAAAUGAUGGUGGUGGUGAGCGGGGAUAUGAUCAAGAAGCCCUCGUUAGACAUCCUAAGCAAUUUGMAGAUCGUCCUCCUGAUAUGGUGUAUGCGUAGGGGAGGUGCUGGCCCGAUCGGAGCUGUUCAUGUUUCUUUGCAUGUCGACUAUUGCAGAAGUUCAAGUUUGAGAAUCCAAGUGGGUGUGGGCUGCCAUCACUGGAAGGAGAAAGUGGCUUGACCUUACAUCCUAAGCUGUACCACGCUMGUGCAGUAAAAAGACAAUAGGAUAACAGAAGUUUGCAAUUAUUGAAAGAAUAUAUUAUAUGAGUAGAAAAGGCCUGGGAAGGCUGUCCUGGCUGUUGAAAAAGACGUAAAACCGCAAUAAUGAACUCUUUUAUUUUUCUCUAGUUAACUUUGAACUGGCUUCUUAUGAAUAUUCUACUUAUAAGGAUUUAUGAAGUUUAGAAGAUAUUUGUGUUGUAUUUCCUUAUUUGGACUAAUCAUUUACUAUUUAGUUUUGAGAAACUUUGAUUCCAAGGAUGUUACAAGUGAUACAUGUUAUAUAACUAAUUCAAAAACGACAAUCGGGCGACSUAUGUUUGACCACACCAGCAAACAUUUCCAACAUUUCUGAUGACGUUUGCUGUUGAUGUGAAAAAGAAAUUACCGUCAAAAAUAAUUUGAUUGACAGGUGUCCUUAACGGAAGACGUUCAGAACAGUCACAGUUAACCUGAGUAUCAGGCCUUCGAGGGGGCCUGGGGAGGAGAGGAGUGUAAAAGGGAAUUUUUCCUUCUCCUUCCGUUUUUCCCUCUCGAGAGCCUGAUACUCAGGCUACUAAUCCGUAGGUAUUACUAACAAUCAUGGGCUUCCUGUCUUUUUUGGGAGUUAGAAGAGGGAGAAUGGGGGCGAGAGAGGGGAGGUGUCACUUGUCCCUAGCGAUUACAAAGGAAGCAAAGGAGGAAAAAAGAGUUGCCUGAGAAAGAGACGAAGUCAAACUCACAUCAUAAUUAGUCAGGACAUACUAGUAUAAUCUUCUGAGUAUCCAGCUGAGCUAAUGACGUAACCUUGUGCUUAAAGGUCUUUUCUGCUAAAAUCCCAGUGUCAAAUUUACACAUCAAUAACAAAUGCUCAAGCACAAACAAUUGUCAAAGAAGACCAUUUGCGCCCACUUACAGUCAAGGGCACUUGRAAGCAAACAUAUGUCGGUUAACAUGCAAAAUGUGGGCAAGACGAGACGAAAUUGACGGAAGGUGGGCGCAAUUCAAAUACAUGUGAACUUCCGAUUGGCAUUCUUGUUUGUUAUGAAGGGAUGGUGUUUUAUAUCUAAAAAAAAUUGGAAGAAAUUUGACGGCUUUGUAACUACGAUGUCUAGUAAAAGACCUUUUAACGCCCUCGUACUGUAGAACGUGCAGGACGGUAAACCAUAGGUAUUACUCGCUGAGGGCACGUAACUUGGUCCACAACUGGCACUCGCUGCUGCAGAUAAGCAGAACUUUCAGAAACGAUGAGUUUUGGAUGCAAAAUCGCGAUGGCACUGUGCAACGUGAAGAUCUUUGGCUGUUUACUUCUGGUUUUGACAAGUGCAGCAUCUUUACCCACUAAAGSACCUCGAUGCCACAUUUCUCGCAGCAAUUCUCCAACUUUCAACUGGCGAAAAUCACUGCACUUCAACUGCAGCAUUACACAUGGUGGUGCUUCUAUGAUUUCCUGGAAAAUCAAUGGUACUAUUGUAAAGAAAACUCAAAGACCAGUAAACUGGCUUGGUUUGUUGUUAAGUGACAAAUCAAAUUCAGGAAUUUUGCAAUGCGAAGCAAAAACUAAAAUGGGAGACGUUUCUUGUGAAGUGAAACUAACAGAUUUCCCAAGAAUCACAACGCGUGUCCAUUUUUAUGAGGUCUUUGUUGAUGAUCGGCUGGUCGUUCCCUGUAAGUCCACAGGAAGCCCAAAGCCCUCUCUAACAUGGUCAAAACGUAAUAAGGUSUUACWUGAAACCACAAUGCCUCAGUCAAUUACAUUACAGAAAUCARGUGACGGACUUGAUUUGGUGAUCCAGAAAGCAUCCAAUGCGCAUGACGAUGUUUAUGURUGYCGUGCUGUGAAUGCCUUGGGUCAGGAUACCCAUCAUGCUGUGGUGUCUGUAUUAUUACGUACUGUUCAGAGACCACCUCGCGCCGUUCCGCUCACACGAACAACAACAGUUAAAUAUGGCAGCAAUGCUUUUCUCGCUUGUACAGUAAAUAACACACCAGAGAAGUACACRGCAUUCUCCUGGGACUUCCAUGGCAGAAUGAUUCAAACCUCGAAACGACUCAAGACAGAAGAAACGUUUUCUGUGAUCCUUCAAAAUCAGUACAAGAUUGAGCGUGCUGUGAUGUCAUUGGCUAUAAGUCACGUGACGUUUCAAGAUGCUGGGGUAUACAAAUGCAGCGCGGCUAAUCAYGUCGGYCAYGACCAGGCYCUCAUCAAGCUUGUAGUUGAAGGUAAUGACGGUGAUGAUGAUGAUGAUGAUAAAGACAUAUAA